GCACAGCGGGUUGGUUAAGUCUUUAUCUGCUCUGCUGACGAUCUUUAUAUGUUAAUUCUUCAAUAUAUGUCGAGGAAGUUAAAAAGAGGACUUUAAACUAAGUCUCGCCAACUGUUUAUGUGCUCUGGUGCAGCCCGAGGAGAGGCUUACUGGAGGUUUUUGCGGGAAGAAGAAGGGAGCCAGACAGGCGACAGUCAGCGCUGUCUUGGCCUCAGGGCAGAGGCAGGGAGCGAGCAGGCGAGCCAAUGAGAAGGAGACAUCCGCUCCUCUCUGUCCUGCCCGGCUUGGCUCAGCUCGGCGCGCCCUGUAAUUAGGAGCUCUAGCUGGGUUGGGCGCCGCCACGGUGGACAGCCUGGCUGCUGCGUCAAGGGAGUUUGGGAACGCCAGCUCCAGACUGUGCGUGGAUUUCUGAGCACUCCUGCUUCAGAGGUCAGAGCAAACACCAGAAAGACAAAAAGCAACCUGAAAAUGAACGGGCAGCCUUCACCUGUCUUUGAGGAGAAGAAACCCUCCCUCCCCGUGGCUGGGAGCUCCAUCUCGGCAACCAAGGAUUCCCCGACGCUGCCGGAGUCCUCCUCCACAGACAUGGGCUUCUACAGCAGCCAGAGUGCGCUCCACGGAUCGCAGGAUUUCUACUCGGCGCAGCAGUACUCCGCUCAGCACAUGAACCCGUACGCGUACCACCACUACAACCUGAACGGGAUGGGUGCCGGCGGUGCGUACCCUGUUGGGAAGGCCGAGUACCCUUACCCGCACGCAGCGUACAGAGAGCACGGCGCGUUCAGCAGGGAGGUGCAGUCAACGCUCCAGGACGGUGUGAAAGAAGAACCAGACGUGGAAGUUCGGAUGGUCAACGGGAAGCCCAAGAAGGUGCGCAAGCCCCGGACCAUCUACUCCAGCUACCAGCUGGCCGUCCUGCAGAGGAGGUUCCAGUCGGCCCAGUACCUGGCCCUGCCGGAGAGGGCGGAGCUUGCCGCUCAGCUGGGCCUCACACAGACACAGGUCAAAAUUUGGUUCCAGAACCGUCGCUCCAAGUUCAAGAAGCUCUACAAGAACGGAGAGUUUCCACUCGGGGACAUUCCUCUUGAACACAGUCCUGAUGCCAGCGACUCCAUGGCCUGCAACUCUCCCUCAUCCCCAACUGUGUGGGAAAACAACAACAGCAACAACGACAACAACAGCAGCAGCAGCAGCAGCAACAACAACGCAAACAGCAGCAAGAAUACUGUGAUGAUGGAUCCUACCAGCAGGGGGCAGGCUCCCUAUCAGCCCCCAGUGGAGUCUUCGCCCGCCUUCAUGGGGGAGUACACGCACCAGAACUGGUACCAGCAGCAGGGCGUGCAUUUAGGCCUGCCGCCGUCGGGCCAGACGCACCACGCAACAGCGAGCGCACCGUCGGCCACACAGAGCAUGGGAGCCGUCUACUGAUGACCAACACGGCGUUUCCACCGGAGCCCUGCGCUCAAACACCAGGUGAUGAUUCGGAGCUCUGCCGUGACCAGAAACACCUGACUAUGAUCAUCAGACACGAGUCAUGACUGUAAAAAUCCUGACACACAAGUUGUAAAACAGGCUGCAAAUGUGGAUUGAAAACAAAUGUCGUCCUCAGUUACCCUCGCUGCUCCCAAGUUGAACUCAUAACUGUGCAGAGGUUCGGGUGACUGAAGUGGAUUUUUCCACUGCUGAGACUGAUACUGAUAUUUUUAUGUGAAAUCAUUGAUAACAGAUAAUAUUUUGUAUAUUUAAUGUUUGAAUUUUGACCAUAUUUAUUCCAAAAAAAACAGAAUUAUUUAGUUCUUCCCUUAAAGUGUUCUCUAAAAGGGCCUCCAACAUGAAAAGUGAAUACUACUGAAAGUCUCCCACCAGCGUUAGCGGGGCAAAAUGUUGAAAGACAUCAGCCCAACGGAGGAGACAGACUCUGUAGUCUUGCAGUAGAAUUUACAAAAUACAUAUCCACAUUUACUUACUUCAAACUCACUUUUCGUUGAGGAAAGGAGGAGAGUUGCCUGUUUUGGACGUUUGACACCAGAUUAAGUCACUGUUUAGCUAUUUAUGUAGCACAUUUAAAAUGAUUUAAAGAGCUUUCAACCAAAGAAUUAAGACUAAUAUUCCAAAUGUAUCCAACUAAUUUGAGUACUGCUAGAUUCUUCAGGUUAAGACCCUACAAUGUUAAAGAUUCUGUAGUCUUGCAGUAGAAUUUACAAAAUACAUAUCAACAUUUACUGAAUUGAAACUCACUUUCCGCUGGGGAAGGAUGUUGAGCAACAGAAGCAGACAGGUGGUUUUAGUUUUCUUUUAGUGGCAGCUGGAGCAGGUAAAAGUAGAAUUGUUUGUGCAAGAGAGGACAUCAAGACUGUAUUCUUGGCUUAGAGGUAAGGCUGGGAAUAAAAAAUGGAAUUUAUAAACUUUGGAUGGAGCCACGCUGGCCGUUUCUCCCUGCUUGCAGUCUUUGUGCUAAGCUAAGCUAAGCUAAGCUAAGCUAAGCUAAGCUAAGCUAAGCGGUGUUCAAACCUCUCACCAAAAUCCUCCCAUCUUUGCUUGUGGUCACAUUAGCUGCUACUAGUAUAAAACACCUGAAACACCUGCCAAACUGUUACUAGUUUAGUUGCAUUGUGGGUAAUGUAGUCGAAUGCAAGGAAUGAAAUAGACAAAUCUUAUGUUCUGCAGCAUUACAGCAUGAUUUUGGCACUUUAUGAAACAAACUCUGUUAUAUGUAUGCAAUGCUAAACCUAUUGCUAACUUGAGACUUUUCUAUAGACAAGUGCGUUAAAGUUGAAUCUCAAGACAUGCAACUGACAAGUCAAUGAUGUUAAGAUGUCUUCCUCAUGUCGGCAUUCGCAGCAGUUUUAGUCACAGAAUAGUGUUACUUUUUAACAACUAAGUAAGGAAAAGAUGGUUUUUACCUUGCUGACAUGUUUCAACUACGUCUGCAGCCUUCCUCAGAGCGUCAUCUCUGACGAAGACUUCCAUACUUAGUUGUCGGUUAAAAAGUAACGCUAUUCUAACACAAGAAACAACAAAACGAACAUAAUCCAAGUAUUGGUCAUUUUUGACAUGAAGGGCAAAAAGAAGUAUCAGCCAACCUGUUUAGGUUAAUUAUCUCCUGCCUUGGAGGCUGAACAUUUAAUUGAUGUACUGAGCAAAUCACAAAGAAAACUAAACUGUUGUGCCAUUGGUUUUUCAAACUCAUGCUAUCCUUGUUGUGAUGGUAUCCCAUAUGGCAAUAUUCAUUAUUUCAUUAAGGAUAUUAGGUAUAUCCUCCAAUAUUAUCUUACAUAGAUAUUUACAGGUUCGAGCAGCAGUUUGGGAUUGAGUGAAGAUGAUACGAUAUGUGACCAAAAAUUAGCCGAAAUGCUGCGUAGAGGAAAGACAUCAAACAUCCACAGAAGGCUCCCAAGACUUUAUUCUGUUAAUCCUCCAGGAAUUUAAAGUCUGGCAACACUGAAGGCCAAGUAUGAGUCUGCAUCCUACAGUUCCCAUAAUGCACCUUUUAAUCAAACUUGCUUCCCGCAACUUUGAAUCCUUCCCUGACGCUUUAAAGCAGGCUUUCUGGUAUAUAUUUGGAAGGCAGAUAAACUGAUAACAGAGUUAUUUCCUCAAACUCAACAAAGCUUCUCCAGGAAACAUUAUACAACACAUUCUCAGUAGUUCUCCCCACGGUGUUAAACUGUUCAAGUGGCCCUUUAAUUCCAGCUCGGAGACUCUACAAGAGCUCGAUAAAGGAACUGUCAAGAGCAAAGUUGGCUGGUUGGUGCUAAAACAUUUGAAAGUUGUACAUAUAUAUAUUUUAUGAACACGUGCUGUACUCAGGUCUCUUAUUUAUAGUGUAGAUAUAAAGUAGCACAGCUGUUUGUGCCUUUUGGAAAUGAGUACAAAAAAAAUAAAUAAAAUGUAUUUUGUGUAUUUCAA